AAGUAAACUAGAGUCUUACAUUCUCUUUUUUUGGUCUCUCUUAAAUAGUGAUCUGUGCUUGCCUGGAAAAUGGUUGCUUUUGGGAAGAAGUUGAAAGCAUCACGAAUUCCAGAAUGGCAAGGAUAUUAUAUUGACUACAAGUGUUUGAAGAAGAAAGUAAACCGAUAUGCACAGCAAUUGGAAGUGGGAGUACAAGGCCACCAUGAUGUUCUUAAGGACUUCUCCAUAAUGCUAGACAGAGAGAUUGAGAAGAUUGUAUUAUUUCUACUGCAACAACAAGGACAACUUGCAAGUAGAUUGUCAGGUCUUGGAGAACAGCAUCAUGAUGUUUUGGACCAGCCAGAUGGAUUAAAUAUAUCUGAGAUAGAAGAAGCUUACAGAGCUGUUGGGAAUGAUCUUUUGAGGCUUCUGUUUUUUCUUGAGAUGAAUGCUACUGGUUUAAGAAAGAUUCUCAAAAAAUUCGAUAAGCGUUUUGGCUAUAAAUUCACCAAUUACUAUGUGAAAACCCGCUCAAAUCAUCCUUAUUCACAGCUAAGACAAAUGCUUAAACAAGUGGGAAUUGGAGCUGUUGUUGGAGCUAUUUCUCACAAUCUUGCAGACCUCCAGAACCAUCGUGGGAGCUAUGUAUCCAUUUAUGAUCAACCUGCUUUAUCCCACCCGGAUCCAGUGGUUUACUCUAUAAAUGCAGCUGUAAAUAAACUGUCCAAUUCAACAAAUUUUCUUGAGUACUUGGGAAAGCAUGCAUUUAUUUUGGAAGAGGAUUUACCAACUCCAUCUGAGGAAGAUCUUUUUGAGCAGAAGUACCAUUUCAUGUCACUUAUGCUCAACUUGGUAAACACAUUCCUUUAUAUGGUGAACACAUAUAUUGUUGUCCCAACAGCAGAUAACUACUCCCUAAGCCUUGGAGCUGCGGCAACUGUUUGUGGAGUUGUGAUCGGAUCCAUGGCUGUUGCACAAGUGUUUUCUUCAGUUUAUUUCAGUGCAUGGUCUAAUAAAUCGUAUUUCAGACCACUUCUGUUCAGCACUGUUGUUCUUUUGGUUGGAAACAUCUUGUAUGCCUUGGCCUAUGAUCUUAAUUCCUUACCAGUUCUUUUGAUAGGUCGCCUUUUUUGUGGUCUAGGUUCUGCAAGAGCUGUUAACAGGAGAUAUAUAACUGAUUGCGUGCCACAUAAGCUGAGGAUGAAGGCUUCUGCAGGUUUUGUGACUGCAAGUGCCCUUGGAAUGGCUUGUGGGCCAGCUCUUGCUUGUUUGUUUCAAACUGAUUUUAAGAUUUCCAAGCUGACAUUCAAUGAAGAAACUUUCCCUGGUUGGUUUAUGGCUGUUUCCUGGCUUCUCUACUUACUUUGGCUCUGGAUUUCCUUUAGAGAGCCUCCUCAUGAAACUGAAACCCAAAACAGUCUUGUUUCACCAGAAGCUAUUGCUAAUGCUGGGCCAUUGGUUACUUAUGCCAUGGAGAAUGGCUUCAUGGAGCCGUUGCUUUUGAACUCAAAAUCCAAACAACAUGAGGAAAAUGAAGAAGAAGAAAGUGAUGAUGGUGGAGAGGAUUCUCCAGUGAAAAUUCAUAAACCUGUUACUUCAAUCACCCUAGCUUAUAGGCUACUAACACCGACUGUUAAGGUUCAACUCCUCGUUUAUUUUAUGCUUAAAUAUGCAAUGGAGAUAUUGGUAGCUGAGUCAAGUGUUAUCACUUCAUAUUACUUUAUAUGGUCAACUAGCAGAGUUGCUAUCUUUCUGGCAUGUCUAGGACUAACUGUGCUCCCUGUAAACAUUAUUGUUGGAAACUACAUCAGCAACUGGUUUGAAGAAAGGCAACUGGUCCUGGCAUCUGAAAUUAUGGUAUGUAUUGGAAUACUGCUAAGUUUCCAUGUACUCAUCCCUUACUCUGUGCCCCAAUAUGUUGGUUCAGCACUUAUUACCUUUGUAUCUGCUGAGGUUCUUGAAGGUGUGAAUUUAUCACUCCUGUCUCGAGUAAUGUCAUCUAGGCUUUCCAAGGGAACUUACAAUGGGGGGCUGCUUUCAACAGAAGCUGGAACUCUGGCAAGAGUGAUUGCAGAUGGAACAAUAACAUUGUCAGGGUACUUGGGAGAGGGUUGGCUUCUGAAUGCUACACUGCUUCCUUCACUCUUCAUCUGUAUCACCUCCAUUGUUGCCACAUGCUUUUCCUACAACUCUCUGUACUAAUUUCCUUCAUUGUUUUUUGAAGGAUAAUUUCCUUCAUUGUUGUAUGUGAAAAUUUUGUACAUUAGUCCCCCCCUUAGAUUUAGUUGUUUUAUUUUAUCCAUUUAUAAUUACUAAGAAAUUCAUUCAUUAAAA